UAUAUAUAUAGGUUUUCAAGCAAAUUGAGUCCAAAUUCGGACGCAGCUAAAGUAGUCUCCCCUUUCAGCUGUACGACGCACUUCCACCUCCGGCGAAAUCGAACUAUAGCUGCCAAGGAUUACAGAGAACACAGUGUGAUACUCCCUGAGAGAUAAAAAUGUUGUUUUUCUCAUACUUCAAGGACCUGGUGGGCAGGGAAGUGACUGUCGAACUGAAGAAUGAUUUGGCUAUUCGAGGAACACUACAUUCAGUUGAUCAGUAUCUCAACAUUAAGCUUGAAAACACGAGGGUUGUUGAUGAGGACAAGUAUCCCCACAUGAGGUCGGUGAGGAACUGCUUCAUCAGAGGAUCGGUGGUGAGAUACGUGCAGUUACCUCCGGAUGGAGUUGACAUAGAACUGCUUCAUGAUGCUACGAGGAGAGAAGCUCGGGGUGGCUAAAUUCUAGAGUUCGAAAUUGGUCUAUUCACAUUUCAGCGGAUAAGUCAGCAGCAGUAUACUGAUUUUUCUUACUGGAUGCAUUUUGCGCGCAGUGAUUUUCUUCAUCAUCUUAAAAUUUAGUAUGCAGGUGUUAUGAAUACCCAUAAUGUGAAAACUGUGGAUAUGAAAUCUGUCUUUUGACAAUUAAGAAUGUUAAAAACUGAAUUCAGUGUCCAA